GCUCGACCGUCGCUGCCUCAGGCCGCCAACACUCCGAAUCGGGCAAAAACCAAACUGAUGCAAAGUGGAAUGCAGUGCAUUAAUUCUUAUUCUCGUCCUUAUCCUCUCCACGUCUUUCCUGUCUCUCUCCCGCGCUCCAGAUUCCACUCUGUCUCUGGUCCUUGCGUUGUGUUCACUGCAUGUUUCUCUCUUUGAUCCUCCAUCGCAGCAGUCUCUCUGGCAUAUCUCCCCGACACACUCCCUUGUUGGAAAUACCGACCGGUCCCCUAAUCCAUGUGUUCGCCUGCACGUCGUGGCCCUGGAACAUAAAAUCCUGGCUUGUCGCUGUCGCUGUCGCUGCUUUCUCCGGAGAAAACAAACGGGAAGCAAGUAACCUCGCAGGAGCGACCAUCCGACACCCUCGUCUCGUCUCGUCUCACCUUUGUGCCUCGGCCCUUUCCCAGCAGCAAAUAACCUCCAAGCGACCUUCCUAGCUAUCCAUCUACUUCCUGCGGCGCCUGUCCUCCCCCCAUUCUCGCCAUCCAUCGGUGGUACGAGCCUGUAUGUACCAUUACCUUCUAAAUCGCCAACGAGACCUCGUCACUCAGUUUGAACAGUUGUUGAGGCAUUCCUGUCAGGACAUGGCCUUGGAUCCCCGUUUCUACAACCACCUUGGCCAUGGCACCGGCCCCAGCUCGCAGUCCUCGAUCACGUCUGCAGGCUCCGCCAUCACCGGGAUAACCAGUCCGUCCAUUCGCUCCACCAAUGCCUCUUCUGCUGCUCUGCGGUCCACCGCAUCUAGCCCUUCCCUGCGCGCCAAACAGGGCGUCGUCAUGUCGCCGAGUCGCAUGGAGGGGGUGGCUAGUCCGUCGCCUGGAGGGAAUGUGCGCGUGGUGGUGCGGGUGCGGAAUUUCUUGCCUAGAGAGAUCGACCGCAAUGCCGAGUGUCUGAUCACCAUGGACCCGAAUACGCAAAUGACCAAGCUAAGAGCGCCGCGCAUCAACCCGCAAGACGAAGGGAAGCCGAAAUCACAGGCCCGAGGGAAGAUCUUGGAGGACAAGUCGUUCAUAUUCGACAACUCGUUUUGGUCGCAUGACAAAGAUGACGAGCACUACGCCUAUCAGGAGGAUGUGUACAAUUGCCUCGGAGAGGAGUUUCUCGACCACAAUUUCGAAGGAUACCACACGUGCAUUUUUGCCUACGGUCAAACCGGUUCCGGAAAGAGUUACACGAUGAUGGGGACCCCAGAUCAACCCGGGCUCAUCCCGCGGACCUGCGAGGAUCUGUUCCAGCGCAUUGAGGGCGCACAAACCGCCGAUAUGAGUUUCAACGUCCGCGUGUCCUACUUCGAGGUUUACAAUGAGCAUGUGCGCGACCUGCUAGUCCCCCGAACGGACCCUCCGCAUUAUCUUCGCAUUCGCGAGUCGCCGUCUGAGGGGCCCUACAUCAAAGAUCUUACCGAAGUGUCGGUGCGCAACUUUACAGAACUCAUGAAAUUCAUGCGCAAGGGAGACGUUUCGCGGACUGUUGCAAGCACCAAGAUGAACGACACUUCCUCGCGUUCCCACGCCGUCUUUACGAUCACUCUGAAGCAGAUCCACCACGACCUGUCCACCGACGAAACCACCGAGCGUACAGCGCGUAUUCGUCUCGUUGAUCUGGCGGGUUCUGAACGAGCCAAGUCCACCGAAGCCACCGGCCAGCGGCUGCGCGAGGGGUCCAACAUUAACAAAUCACUGACGACACUAGGCCGAGUCAUCGCAGCGCUGGCGGAUCCCAAAGCCGGCCGACAGGGCAAACGUAAAGGCAAAGAUGUGGUGCCCUAUCGAGACUCUAUACUCACCUGGUUACUGAAAGAUAGCUUGGGAGGUAACUCGAAAACGGCCAUGAUUGCUUGUAUCUCGCCGUCAGAUUACGAGGAAACCCUAUCGACCCUGCGGUAUGCAGACCAAGCCAAGCACAUCCGCACGCGGGCUCGAGUAAACCAGGAUCAUCUCUCUGCGGCGGAACGAGAUAAACAGAUCGCAGAAAUGGCCGAGACGAUUCGCACACUUCAACUCAGUGUCAGCCUUGCCACAGCAAACAAACGGGAGACUGAUAUGCAGAAUGAGAAGCUUGAAGAUUACCAGCAGAAGGUGGAGAAACUCCAGCGAAUGAUGGAAGAGACGAAGAUGGUCAGUGAGUGCAAGAUUAAACAACUACAGACUGAGAACGAAGCGCUCCGCAACCAUCUUAAACUCGCACUCGAUAGUUUAAAGAACCCAAUUCCUCCGGUGACCCUCGAGAAACGCAGCACCAGUUUAAGCACUGUAAGCGAAAACGACAGCUGCUUGUCCGCUCGAGAUAAGGAGAAUCGUCCCGGAUCACCUACAUCAGACGUUGAAACCGAGCCAGAUCUUGUCUGGGAAGAUGACGAGGAUACCAUCCGUAUCAAUGACAAUCACCUCGAAGCCCAAGACAUGCAAUCUCAUAUGGAAGAUCUCCUCAUGGACCUCAGUCUUUUCAAACGCAAGUUGGCGUCCGACCAUGAACGCUUCCGAGCAGUCCAGGGACAUCCAAGUCGCAAACGCCGACGAGCUCUAGGAGACAUCUACCAAUAACCGAUAGGUCUGGUUUGGGCUGCACAUUGGGCGGCUUUUUGUUUGUUUGGGCUUACGGCGCACUGCGAUCGGAGUUUGUUCUCAUUGGUUCUUGUAGAUGGACAGCGGAUGGAGAGGCCCUGAUACCCUGACCUUUUUUCCCUGGAGAUUAGAGGCUGUCUAUUACCUUGGGAGGUUAUUUCUUGUCUGCCUUCUUUUUCUCUUUCUCGAGUCUUUUGUCUUUUUGAUUCUUGCCUCCUUUUUUUUUUCGAUUCUUGUGACUUUUUUUUGGCCUGACGAAAUGACGAGAUGAAUGUAUGCCAUAAUUUGAUGCCGGCAUGACAGACUAAUCACGAUGCAAUUGAUGAUGAUUCCUUCCAUCCGUGUUCUAGCGAGUACCGUAGAAGCCUGCCUGCGCGUGUUCAGGCAUCCUGUUUGUCCUGCAUGCUAACCCACUUCCGAAUCGGGCCAUGUUCAUGCAUAAUUACAUAAGCGCAUUAUUCACCGCCUGAGGCAGAAAAAAGUCGCCCGAUGCAGUAAUUUCCCAUUAUUACUCAUUCAUUGAAUUGUGCCCCUCCGAUUCUCUCUCUCUU